UUUCUGGUUUUGCCUUAUUGCUGAAAUCAUAAAACUGAUUUUACAACUACUCCGUUGAUAUUUUAAAAUUCAGUCUUCGUUGCUCUGCUCCAACUACGGCGGCCGCGUCCAAGUAUUAAAGACGAAAGCUCCGCCGCCCAUUUUCUUAAGAAGACGGCGCGCUCGAAGGUUUCUCCGACGGAACAAAGGUGUUUUAUCUAUUGUUGGUGAAUUGAAUUCCAUGCACCAACCCCAUUUCGCACGAGCCGCUGCUCAUCAUCUAACGUUGGCUUUCAUGUUUCUAAACUAAAAGCCGCGCGAGUAGAGAAUCAUGAACCCUAGAAUUACGCCUUCUCAAUGUUUCCUCCGAAAAAAGUCGUAUCGUCCUCGCGCCGGCUAUUCUGCACCUGCAUUUCGGCAGACGCCACUUAUAGUUAUCUCGCCAAUGCCGCAGUUAUACGCUCAAACUCAGCUCAAGCCCGCCCUUUGUUCACUUUCCUUGACGACCAAAAGCAAAAACAAGUCCCAGCCGAGAACCAUGACCGAAUGGCUGGAAAUCCAUUUGAAAUACACGAAUCUUCGAUAUCCCAAAAAUACGAGCUUUUGAUUGAGAAAUACCGGUUUUCUCGAUCUGAUCUCGAAGCCAAGCAGUUCCAUUCGGAUGUAAUCAAGCAUGGGUUUGUUGGCGAUCUCUUUAUGGGAAAUACGCUCAUCAAUGCUUAUGCUAGAAGCGGGGAUAUGUGGUCUGCUCACGAUGUGUUCGAUGAAAUGCCUGAUAGAAAUUCCGUUACAUGGUCGUGUUUAAUUUCUGGAUACACUCAUAGUGAAAGUUUUAAAGAGGCAUUAGCUGCAUUUGGAAGAAUGGUGUCUGCAGGGUUUACUCCAAACCAUUAUGCACUCGGGAGUGCUCUGAGGGCUUGUCAGAGAUUGGGAAGCGAGGGGUUCAAAUAUGGUUUGCAAAUCCAUGGUUUAGUUUCUAAAACCCGUUAUGCGUUUGAUGUAGUUGUGUGCAAUGUCUUGAUCUCCAUGUAUGGGAAUUGCAUUGUCGGUUCCAUUGGUAGUGAUUUUGCUCACUGCGUUUUUGAUGGGAUAGCAAAUAGGAAUUCUGUGUCGUGGAACUCCUUGAUAUCGGUUUACUCUCAGAGAGGAGAUGUUGACUCUGCUUUCCGUCUUUUCACUAAUAUGCAAAAGGAGGGUUCGGGGUUUAGUUUUAGGCCUACCGAGUACACAUUUGGCAGCUUAAUUACUGUUGCAUCAGAAUCCGUUAGUACUGGCAAAGGUUCCUUGUUGCUAAAGCAGUUGCUGGCAAAGAUUCAGAUGUCUGGACUUUUAGAAGAUUUGUAUGUGGGUAGUGCUCUAGUGAAUGGUUUUGCGAGGACUGGUGUGGUUGAUACUGCCAAGAGCAUAUUCGAGCAUAUGGUUACAAGGAAUGCAGUUUCUUUGAAUGGUUUGAUGGUCGGGUUGGUGAAGCUUAAGCGAGGAGAAGAAGCCGUAGAGGUCUUCUUGGAAACGAGGGACCUGGUUAGGCUAAACUCUGACAGCUAUGUUCUUCUUUUGAGCGCCUUUGGUGAGUUUUCAUGUGAAGAAACAGGAAGAAGGAAAGGGAAGGAGGCGCAUGGGUAUCUCACGCGAACUGGGGUGAUUGAUUCAAGUACUUCUGUUGGGAAUAGUUUGAUUAACAUGUAUGCAAAGUGUGGUGCCAUUGAAGAUGCUUGUUCUGUUUUUAACUUGAUGUUUGGUAAAGAUUCAGUUUCCUGGAGUUCCAUGAUCUCUGGAUUUGACCAAAACGAGCGGUUUCAAGAUGCACUAUUAAGCUUUCGCACAAUGAAGAGAAUCGGACUCAUCCCUUCAAAUUUUACGUUGAUCAGCACUUUGAGUUCUUGCAGCAGUCUACGCUGGAUGGUUAUGGGAGAGCAAAUACACUCAGAAGCAGUAAAAUUGGGACUCAAUUCAGAUGUUUCGGUAUCAAACACCCUUCUUUCACUUUAUGCUGAUACCGGAUGUAUCUCUGAGUGCAGGAAGCUGUUCUCCUUCAUGCAUGAUCACGAUCAGGUGUCGUGGAAUACCAUUGUCAAGGCGUUUAGUGAUUCCGAGGCAUCAAUCAUUGAAGCCACCGAAUAUUUCAAAGACAUGAUGCGAGCUGGACGGAGACCCAACAGUGUGACCUUCAUAAACAUUCUCGCAGCAGCUGCAUCUCUUUCCUGUGUCGAACUUGCACAUCAGAUACAUGCCAUGGUGUUAAAAUGUCGCAUUAUGGAUGAUAAUUCAGUGAUAAGUUCUCUGCUCACUUGCUAUGGAAAGUGCAGAGAAAUAAGUUACUGUGAAAGAAUAUUCUCAACAAUGGCGGAAAAAGAUGAUGCGAGCUGGAACUCCAUGAUCUCAGGGUACAUACACAAUGAGCUUCUGACAGAGGCUAUGCAUUUAGUCUGGCUUAUGUUGCAUAACGGCCAAAGAUUAGAUCGCUUCACUUUUGCCACCGUUCUUAGUGCCUGUGCUUCCGUUGCAACGUUGGAGCAUGGCAUGGAGAUCCACGGCUGUGCAACACGAUCUUGCUUCGUUUCUGAUGUGGUUAUUGGGAGUGCACUCGUGGACAUGUAUGCUAAAUGUGGGAGGAUAGAGUACGCCUCAAGAUUUUUCCAACUGAUGCGUCUCCGAAAUGUAUACUCCUGGAACUCCAUGAUAUCUGGCUAUGCACGCCACGGUGAUGGCCACAGAGCUCUGGAAAUGUUUGCGCAGAUGAAACUGGAGAACCAGCCACCGGAUCACGUGACCUUCGUUGGGAUCCUAUCAGCUUGUAGCCAUGUCGGGCUAGUCGAUGAAGGCUAUCACCAUUUUGAGUCGAUGAAGAGAGAGCACAAUCUUGAACCUCGGAUCGAGCACUUGUCGUGUAUGGUAGAUCUCCUCGGCAGAGCAGGCGAGUUCGAGAAGCUGGAGGGCUUCAUAAACAGAAUGCCGAUGGAGCCGAAUGUUCUAAUAUGGAGGACUGUUCUUGGUGCUUGCGGGCGAGCAAACGGCCGGCUGCUGGAUUUAGGGAGGAGGGCUGCUAAAAUGUUGCAGGAGUUGGAGCCUCAAAACGCUGUCAACUACGUGCUUCUUGCUAACAUGUACGCCUCUACGCAGAAAUGGGAGUGCGUUGCGGAGUCCCGGCAUGCAAUGAAGGUGGCGGCGGCUAGGAAAGAAGCCGGCUGCAGCUGGGUGGCCAUGAAAGACGGGAUACACGUCUUCGUCUCGGGAGACAAAUCGCAUCCCGAGACGGAUGCCAUAUAUGAGAAGCUUGGUGAACUGCGUGAGAAAAUGAAGGCGGCUGGAUAUGUGGCGCAGGUGAAUUAUGCUCUGUACGAUCUUGAAGAGGAGAGCAAAGAGGAGAUUUUGAGUUAUCACAGUGAGAGGCUUGCAGUUGCUUUUGUUCUUACCCGCAAAUCGGAGCUGCCGAUAAGGAUCAUGAAGAAUCUUCGAGUUUGUGGAGACUGUCACUCGGCAUUCAAGUACGUGUCCAAGAUUGUCACUAGGCACAUUGUGUUGCGUGACUCCAACAGAUUUCAUCAUUUCAUGGAUGGUAAAUGUUCAUGUAAUGACUACUGGUGAUGAACAACAGUUGAUCUUCAUCCUUCUACUCUCCAAAUAAGUUUUAUCAAGCGUCAUAUUUCUGAAACUACCAAAUUUAUCCCUGUUUAGAUUUUCAAUACCACUAUACUAAAAUUCCUUCAUUUUCCUUA